AUGGGCGCCUAUCUCUAUGGGCGCCUAUCUCUAUGGGCGCCUAUCUCUAUGGGCGCCUAUCUCUAUGGGCGCCUAUCUCUAUGGGCGCCUAUCCCUAUGGGUGCCUAUCUCUUUGGGCGCCUAUCUCUAUGGGCGCCUAUCUCUAUGGGCGCCUAUCCCUAUGGGUGCCUAUCUCUGCGCCUAUCUCUUUGGGCGCCAAUCUCUAUGGGCGCCUAUCUCUAUGUGCGCCUAUCUCUAGGGGCGCCUAUCUCUAUAGGCGCCUAUCUCUAUGGGCGCCUAUCUCUAGGGGCGCCUAUCUCUAUGGGCGGGCGCCUAUCUCUAGGGGCGCCUAUCUCUAUGGGCGCCUAUCUCUAUGGGCGCCUAUCUCUAGGGGCGCCUAUCUCUACGGGCGCCUAUCUCUAUGGGCGCCUAUCUCUAGGGGCCCCUAUCUCUAGUGGCGCCUAUCUCUAUGGGCCCCUAUCUCUAGGGGCGCCUAUCUCUAUUGGCGCACAUCUCUAUGGGCGCCUAUCUCUAUGGGCGCCUAUCUCUAUGGGUGCCUGUCUCUUUGGGCGCCUAUCUCUAUGGGCGCCUAUCUCUAGGGGUGCCUAUCUCUAG